GCGGAGCGGCUGCGGUCGCGCAGGAGGAGGAGGAGGAAGAAAAGGAGGAGGAGGCGGCGGCGGGACGGAGGCGGGUGGCCGGGCCAUGCUGGAGGCGCGGCGGCACCUGGCGGGCGCACAGAGCCGGCGGGCGACGGGGCAGCCUCCGAGCCGCUGCUAGGGCGGCGGCAGCGGGAGCCGCACCGAACCGGGAGAGACCUUCGCUUCCCAUUGCUCCACCUCGCCUCGCCGGGCGAAGGGGCAGCCGCCAGUCGCCCGUCCGCUUUCCUGCUUCUUUCGGCAGAGGCGGCGCGGCCGCGGAAGGAGAGGACCAUGAGCCGCCCGGUGCUGGCAUGGCUGGUGCUCUGCGGGAGCCUGGCGGCGCCGCGCCUCGCCCGAGGGGAUAUGUGUGACUCCAACCCAUGCAAAAAUGGUGGCAUCUGUCUUUCGGGGCUCAAUGAUGACUUCUACUCAUGUGAAUGCCCUGAAGGCUUCACUGAUCCGAAUUGCUCUAGUAUUGUGGAGGUUGGACCCUGCCUACCUAAUCCAUGUCAUAAUGGUGGGAUAUGUGAAAUUAGUGAAGCAUACCGAGGCGACACAUUCAUAGGAUAUGUUUGUAAAUGUCCAGAGGGAUUUAAUGGGAUUCACUGCCAACACAAUGUAAAUGAAUGUGAAGCUGAACCCUGCAAGAAUGGUGGAAUCUGUACGGAUCUUGUUGCCAACUAUUCCUGCGAAUGUCCAGGUGAAUUUAUGGGAAAAAACUGCCAACAGAGAUGCUCUGGCCCACUAGGGAUAGAAGGAGGAAUUGUGUCAAACCAGCAAAUUACUGCGUCAUCCACUCAUCGGGCUCUUUUUGGACUCCAGAAAUGGUAUCCAUACUAUGCACGACUUAAUAAGAAGGGUCUUGUGAAUGCUUGGACUGCUGCAGAGAAUGACAGAUGGCCAUGGAUUCAGAUUAACCUGCAGAAGAAGAUGCGAGUCACUGGAGUUAUAACUCAAGGUGCCAAGAGGAUUGGAAGUCCAGAAUAUGUAAAAUCGUACAAAAUUGCGUACAGCAAUGAUGGGAAGUCAUGGAUGAUGUACAAAGUAAAAGGCACAAAAGAAGAUAUGGUGUUUCGCGGAAAUGUGGACAAUAAUACCCCAUACGCUAACUCCUUCACCCCUCCAAUCAAGUCUCAGUACAUACGGCUGUAUCCCCAGGUGUGCAGAAGACACUGCACAUUAAGAAUGGAACUUCUUGGCUGUGAACUGUCAGGAUGCUCUGAACCCCUGGGGAUGAAAUCAGGACAUAUACAGGACUACCAAAUUACUGCCUCCAGUGUUUUCCGUACACUCAACAUGGACAUGUUUGCUUGGGAGCCCAGGAAAGCCCGGCUGGACAAGCAAGGCAAAGUUAAUGCCUGGACCUCUGGACACAAUGACCAGUCACAGUGGUUGCAGGUUGAUCUGCUUGUUCCUACAAAGAUCACUGGUAUCAUCACCCAAGGAGCUAAAGAUUUUGGUCAUGUCCAGUUUGUGGGGUCUUACAAGCUUGCAUACAGCAAUGAUGGAGAGCACUGGUUCAUAUAUCAAGAUGAAAAGCAAAAGAAGGAUAAGGUUUUCCAGGGAAAUUUUGACAAUGACACUCACCGCAAGAACGUUAUUGACCCUCCGAUCUACGCCCGGCACAUUCGCAUCCUCCCGUGGUCGUGGUACGGCAGGAUCACCCUGCGGUCAGAGCUGCUGGGCUGCGCAGUGGAAGACUGAAGCGGGUCUCUGUCAGACAUCACAGCUGCUGGUGUAGCUAAAAGUCCCUUCGUAGAAGAAACUGUGCAAAGCCUGUAGGAUACUGAGUGGGUUUUUCAUGAACAAAAGCUCAUCAUAUGGUAGGCCGCUAACUGUCUUUUGCAAGGAAGUCUAAGCCUGCCCUUUAAAUGAUCCAAUCCGAUUUUGUCCUUGAAAUCUGUUAGUGUUGUCCCUUCUGCUGUGGAAUUAUCUUUCUAGUUUUCCUCUGAGUCGUUCACACUAGCUGAAACGUGUUAGGGAAAAAACAGCAGCAUCCUUUUUACAAGGGAAGAGAAAUAGCAUGACAAAGCUCAUUUGCAGCUUUAGAAACAUUGGGCUGACGAGUUCUUCAUAAAUCAUAUUGUCAUCUUACUUGCAAGAAGUGAUACUGCAGCUUUUAGCAAUAAGUUUACUUGGGGAUGACUGCAUUAUAGUAAUUGUGCCUAUCAAACACUGUCAGUAUUUAUGACAUAUAUUUUGGAAGAUAUUUUGUGGUACUGUAAAACAUGGUACCUGUGAUAUUGCGAGCUACCUUUCAUCACUUUAAUUUGAAAAGCAAAGUCCACACACCUAAAGGGUUUUCUCAACUAGUGCUUUUCCUCCUCUAUUUUGCAUGCUAGAGACAUGACCUCCAUCUUUUCUGUUUAGUGUCACCACCAAUGUUAUUUUCUUUGAAAGAGGCUACUUGUUUGCAUACAGAGCAAAAUCUGUUAUCAGAGUAUUGUGGAAUUAAGAAUUUGCCAAAAGUUAUUAUUUCUGUUGGAGAUGCGCUAUUUCAAAGAGGCCCAGAUGAGACACCACUUGUGUACCACACUUCUGGUGCCUCAUCAUAAGUACCCAUGUAUGUAAAAGGCACACAGUGCAUUGGAAGUCCUAAGCCUGUUUUGUGACUUGCCCAGAAAAGAGCACACAGCCCUAGAUGGAGCUUCCUGCCCAAUUCAUUCAGAAACCUCUUAAAUUUCUGUGAUGUUGUGAAUAUGGGGGUGAAAGAAUCAGGCACUAGAAGACACAGAGGAGGAAUGACUCCCUUAUUGCUAGAUAUCUCCUCAACAGGCUCUUCAUAUGGUGGUGUUCUCAGCCUUCAUCCUAGGCAUGAAGACAAGAAGUGUUGCAGGAGUUCACCAAAGCUGGGUCCUUGGCACUCUUAAUACUCCCAACUAUGUCUUUUGAGACAUUUCCCAGUAAGCCACAAGGCAUCUGUUUUUUAUCUUGCUUCAUCUACAUGCUGUGUUGUUCAUACAUGCUGUGUUGAUUUAGUUUGAUUGCCAGCGUGGACCCCAUUUUAACAGCUAGGACCCCAUUUUAACAAUUAGGUUUUAAGAUGAAAAUUGGAAGAGCAGGGGUGAUAUUCUCCCCUGUGCCUCAGUUUCCCCUAACAAUGGAGAUAACGAUGCCAACCUUUGUACUCUUGAGUUUCCUUGAAAUGAAGUGGUCUAUGACUAGGAUAUAGUAACACCUAAGUCUAAAAAACUCCUGAGACAAGGAGCAAGGGGUUGAUUUAUCUGAAACAACAGCAACUGCGAUUGCUGUUGCACUUCUAAUUUCAUAACAUGCUGAUGUGGAGAGAGAUAGACAGACAGAGAGAUGGGUAGAUAAAAAUACAGCUGCAUGUUUUAACAAAUGGCACUUAUUUUUUGUCUCUUACAUUCUCACCAAAACACUAAAGUAUGAACCUGGGCACUGCUUCCCAGGCAAACUGCUAGUCAGCCCACAGUCUGCAAAGGGCAAGGUUUACUUUGGAAACAAAAUGGUUUGGAUUCAAAAACCUGCAUUCAAUCACACAUUCUCCACCACAGACAAAAUAUAUGAUCCAUUGAACUGUGAAAGACUCUAGAAUAGCAGCCAGGAAUUUUACAUGCAAGAAUUGGGGAUAUAUUGGUGGCGGUUUUCUGAUAGUGUCACUUAAACUGUCACAUUUUAACAAACAGAACACCCUGCCUCUAUAAAAUGACUUAAUCCUUAAACUGUAUUUAUACAAGUAUUUAUUUUAUAAGGCUUAGACAUUUAAAAACUUCUUUAAAAAGAGUCUUGUAAAGGUAAAAGUAUGUGUAAGAAAUGUUGAGGUCUUGUGCAACACUGCUAACUUUGUUCUUUAUUUUUUACUUUGUGCUGCAUAACAAAAGCCACUAGACUGUUACUGUCUUGUCUGUAACUGUGUUAACAGCAUUCCUUAAUGAUGUAUAUAUAGAGUGGUCUUCAAGCAUAGUGAGUGAUUUUAAAGAGAAAGUCAAUCGUGAUAGUACUUCUGAAGAGCAAAACAAUUCUGACCAGUGGAGGACAAGUGUAUUCAUAAAUUACCAACUGCCCAUGCUUUGCCCUUAAGGCUCUGGGAGGAAAAAUGUUUAUAAGGCAUGCAAAAUAUUUAAAGAGGUCCAAAAUCAUUUUCCUAUUGUAGGAGAUCAAUUAACCCUGAAUUUGAUUACAGAGAUGAGAAAUAGCAUGCAGCUUACUCCUUUAGUCACCUGUACCCAAAAAAAUGGAAGGCCAUUUCAGGAAAUUAGGCUCACAAGUUUACCCACCUGCUUUGAUGAUCCUUUGAAAUACUUGUUAUGCGUUCUUAAGUGAUUUUUCUGUGUGUUUAUUCACCUUUUACAACUUCAGUUACGGUGUUGAAGUAGUCUUUCUUGAUUUAGUAAUUUAAUUGUUAUUCAUUCAUCUGCAUAUAAAAAUAGUGAUCAUGAUAGUUAAGAGAGUAACUUCAUUUUGUAUUAAUUUAGAGUAUUUUUAUCCUUGUCUGUUGUGUCUGCUUUCAUCUGCCAGCAGUCUUCACAACCUGCAAAGAAAGCUCCAUACGUUGUCAACAGCACUCUCUGAUAAUUCUUAGAAGAAUCAUAUACCAACGUACUGGGGCUUUGCUAAUUUGAUUAUUCCUUAGCUACUGAGAAGCUUUCUCUAAGUGAUGUUGUGCAGCCAUAGUACCAAUUUCUACUCCCAGUGUCAGCUGUAUAAGUCUGAAAUAGCUCUUGAUUUCUAAGGAAUACUUCACAUUAAAACCAAAACCACCACAACAAAAAAGAUAAUCAGUUUAUAGUCCAGAAUUAUUUUUUUUUUGCCUUUAGUUUUGUUUUCUUGUCUUAACCAACACCCUUGAAGGUUCAAGCCAACUUAUAAAGUACAUAAAGUAGCAUGGCUGUUCUCUCCUAGACAAAGCAACUGGCAUCCCAAAACCAGAAAUAAUUGGAGAGUAGCAUAAGUCCCUUUAAGAGGGGAUAGAGAAACACUCUGAAAUGAUCCUUGGGUUCUGUAUUAAUUGUAACAAUGUAAUUGAACAAGACUGAAAAUGUUAUCCUAAUUAAAUAUCACCCCAAACCACGUAUUUUUAGGCAGAUUUCACCUUUCUGUAGCUCUUUAAUGUGCUGUGUUUAUAGCCUGGGAAAUAAAACACUGGCACAAGGCUCUGUUUUAUUUGUAUUCUGUUAAAGGGCUUAUCAAGUUAACUGGCUCUGGUUUUGAGGUUGACUUUCUCUUUUGGAAUGGCUGCAUACAAAUUAGUGUCACUUUUGAAGACUAAGGAUACUAAAUGAGUGUAUCUUUGCUAUACAACAAAUAUGAACUAUAAUAUUUAGUGCUGGCUGCAGAUGUGUCAGUAAGUACAGAAGUAUCUUGGACACAAUGACCUUUGCAACCUUUCAAGCUGUGUUAAUUAUUCAAAUGGUUUUGUAUAUACUUAAAUCAUGUAGAACAAUGUAAAACCAGUAUGACCUUGUCUAGUAUUCAAACUUAACAAUAAAACUUUUGAAAAAUGAGCUCAUUUUUGAAGCACUUACAUUGCAACACCUUGAAGGACAUACAACUUAUCUCAGGCACACUAGCAGCAAAUGUGGAGCAGAGAUAUGAUGUGGCAUUUUCCUGGAUUCAUUCUUGGGGUCUUUGUGGUAAGUUUGUUUCUGUCAAAAUCAGCAGUGGUGCUGCACUCCCUUCAUUGUGUUUCCUUUGUUCUUUCAGAUUAAAAAAAAAAAAAAAAGGCAAAGGUUCUAGUGAGUCUAAAAAUAUUUUCCUAUCAUGCUGAUCUAGGAGUGAGCACCAGAAAUGUAAACUGACAAUUUUAUUUCCUUUAAGUCAAAUUUCUUGGGAUGUUUAGCAAUCCUUAUCCUUCUCCUCUGCACUCCUGCGCAGGCAAAUUAAUUUUGGGGAAGAUAAAGAGCAACUGCCAAGCAGACCCGUUAUGAGGCUUCCAGCAGAGGUGCCACAAUCCUCACCUCUCUUCAUUUUAUUUGCUGUGUACAGCCUCCUCCUCCCCAAGAUUUCUCAGUUAACUGUAUCAUGUUGGUAUCUGAAGAACCUUAGGGGUUGAAGUAGCACAUGUAAAUGCCAUUUGAUUCCGAUUUUAAACAAUAAGACUUUUACAACAUAUUUUGUAUACUUAAGAGAUAUGAAGCUUUAGUGGUUUACUCUUACUGAUCAAGGAAUCAUAGAAUGGUUUGGAUUGGAAGGGACCAUAAAGUCACCUAGAUACAACCCCAGUGUCAUGGCCAGGGCCACUAGCUGAGGUUGCUCAGAACCUCAUCCAUCCUGGCCUUGAAUAAUUUCAGGGAUGUGCCAUACACAACCUCUCUGGGCAACCUGUUCCAGUGUCUCAACUCCUCCCCAGUAAAAAUUUUCUUCCUAAUAUCUAGUCUAAAUCUCCCAUUUCAGUUUGAAACAGUUAACAUCUCAUCCUAUCACUGCACUCCUUACUUGAUAAACAGUCCCUCCCUGUCUUCCCCAUAAGAUCCCUACUUUUAUUAUUUUCUUUCAUAUCUGUUGCAGUUUCUAUUCUCUCAAUAAAAAAAAUCUUUUGGAGAUUAAAAACCAUCGACAAGCAGACACUGGUGUACCUUGUCUGCCAAAUGUGCAGUCUGAACACUAACAACGUACCAUCUGUCAAUGGGCAAGUCACAGAACUGAUGUUGCGAUUUUUUCUGAUUGCGUAUCUCUACUAGUCACAGAAAUGAGAAUAUAAAGAUGCAUGCAGGCAUACACACACACACACACACACAGAUUGUUUUCAUUGAAUUAUGUAUUAGCACUUCAGUUACAGACUUCUGAAAAUAGACAUCUUGAAACUUUCUGACUUAAUUAUAAAUUGCAACUCCUUCAUGAAACAUGGGGCCUGUUCCUGGAGAAAUGAAAGUGAUUUUUCCUCUCAUUCUUCAUAAUGUGGAUACCCACAAUCUCUAAUGAAGACAACGAGAGAAAAUAAUGAGUAAUUCUCUUUUGAAUAGCAACUAUUUAUCAAUGUCCACCCUCCCAUACAUGUUGCUAAUGAGCAAAGGGAUUAACAUGAAUAUUAACACCCUACAACAGUAUGAAAUAUGCAGUCUCUGUUACUUGUGUGGUAAAUACAAUGACACUUAACUUUGUACCUUGGAUUCAAACAAUAGGAGGUUAACUUGUUCACUUGGUGAUCACUAAAAGACCUGUGAUCACUCAGGCUUAUAAACUAGGACAAAAUAGAAGAUAAUGUUACUGAUACAAACUUUAUAUAUAUAUAUAUAUAUAAGUGUGUGUGUCUAUUUUACAUAAUUUUCUUGAGAGAGAGAUACACUUUAGGAUGCAAAAGACUGCUUUACAUUAAGCAUAUAAAACAUGAUACGCAGACUUGUAUAGGACGUCGUUGCAUAGUUUGUAACAGCUUAUGUCACAGAUUAUUGUUCAAUGAAAUGUAUAUGUCUUAGCCUUUAGGGACAGGUAAGUGUACACAUCUAACUGCCUCUGAACUUGAGAACAUGGAUAAAUGCCUUGUUUUCACCAUUUAGCUUGCUAGGAGUGAAGCAAAAUAUGCUUUGUCAGUAUACGCUAGUAACAAUGCCUGUUGUGUUUUGAUGUGCUAUAUGUCAACUGAGAAGUGGGCUCCACAUGUAGGGAAAUGUAUGGGAAGCACACAUGACUACUGAAAUGCAGAUGUGGCACAGCAGACAGGGGGAAUGGUCAGAGCACAGCCUAUUCAUCACUGUAAUAUUUCUGAUGCUGCAUUCUCACUGUUUUAUGAGCUGAUGCAUUGUGGUUGAAGUUGCAGAACAGAUGAUAGGUCAGUAGGCACACUUCUGAUGGCCACAAGACUAGAUGAAGGAUAUCAGCUCUCAAAAGAUGAUAGGAAAGGUCACAAAACAUUUGCAUCAGACUGGAAAAUCAAAAGCUGGCUAAAUGAACAUUUUGAAAUAUAUUGGUUUUCUGUGAUGCUGCAAGAGGUCAGUAGGAGCUGUAAAGAAAUGUAUUGCCUUGAUGACAAUAAAUACAAUUAAAUAAACAA